UAUCACACUUUACAAUAUCAACUUGUGGUCCACUCUUGGAUCAUCAAGAAAAAAGGCUACUUUCAAGCGGGAAAGACGGGCAAUGGCCCAGGGAGGGGCAAUGGUCCAGGGAGGGGCAAUGGGAUCACAAGAGCCAGAAUUUGAGGAACAACAGAGAGAAAAUGAUAAUGAAGAAAGCGUCGAACAGUCACAGACAUCAAAUUCGAAAGACAACAAUGAAAGUGUAAGUACACCACCGCCUGAAGACGCAUUUACCUCCCCAAAAACACCAAUUAAAAAGCGCAAAGUAAGAUCAACUUCUGCUGGCAGUGCACCGAUCAUAAAUGAAGCGGUUAACUUAUUGAAAUCUAUUCAGUCAAAGAAGAAAGAAAAAGAUGAGUACGAUUCAUUUGGAGAACAGGUAGCCAUUAAACUGAGGAAAAUUACUUCAACUCAAGCAAGGUUUGAAGCCCAACAAAUAAUUAAUAAAAAAUUAUUUGAGGCAGAGAUGGGCAUGUCAGGUUACUCGUACAAUGCCAUUACACAUAUCCCAAUAUCUUGCCAUCUACAAAUGAAAAUUAUCGACCUCAGUUAUCGCCCUACCCAUUAACACAAUCUCCUACGUUAAAUUCAUAAUAUUCAUCUUCAUCUUUUUCUGCCUCUCAGUCCCCAUCAUCUGUUCGGUCUGACAAUAACGAAAACAAGAUCCGAAACAUAUUAAAUUUUACAUGCAAUCAAUAAUUUACAUUUUCAAAUGUUACAUACUUUUUCCAAUUUUAUACUAUUAGCAAAUUUUGUAAGCUGUAAUUUGAAUUGAAUAAACAAAAUAUGAAAAUGAAGUAUUGCAUUUACUAGAA